CUGUAGAACAGGAUAAAGUGGCUAGAGAUAAUGAGAUGAGAUGAGAAGAAUGAAUUAAACCCCCAUCCCCACCCCAAUCUUGGUUGGAUAUCUUUGGGUAGUGGACCACCCAAAAUGAUCAUUAUCACUUUGGUUGGUGGUAAUGUCCUUUCGAAUUGUGAAAAAAAAAAAAAACCACCCUGUUCAGCAUUUUUUAUGACUUUCUAUCUUUUUCUGUACAUUUUCUAAAUCAACUUUGAUCCGUUUAUAUUUAAUUUAUACAUUUAAAAACAUGAAAUGAAUUAAGGCAUUCAUUUAUUUUUUUUUUAAAAUCAAGUAUUUAGCAUACUUCUCUGCUGAACAGCUCCUUCCCCAGUUGGUAUUAGAGCAACACAGUAGGAUAACUGAAAGAUCCAUCCAUUAUCUGUAGCCACUUAUCCUGUACAGGGUCUCGGGCAAACUGGAGCCUAUCCCAGCUGACUACGGGCGAAAGGCGGGGUACACCCUGGACAAGUCGCCAGAUCAUCACAGGGCUGACUCAUAGACACAAACAACCAUUCACACCUACGGUCAAUUUAGAGCCACCAAUUAGCCUAACCUGCAUGUCUUUGGACUGUAGAGGAAACCGGAGCACCCAGAGGAAACCCACGCGGACACGGGGAGAACAUGCAAACUCCACACAGAAAGGCUCCUGUCGGCCACUGGGCUUGAACCCAGAACCUUCUUGCUUGUGAGUUACACCGCACAAUUCCUGAGCAACUGUAGAGCUUGCCGUGUAUAACCGUGGCAUGCAUGAAACAUGUUCAAAAGGACCUAAGCUAGAUUACAAGAAAAAAGUCAAAGGGGCUUAAAUUUGAUGACGAAAUACAGGAUAUGCAACACUGGCAGCAAUCCAGUUAUGAGCCCUACUUACCGGUCACAGAGAAAUCAAAUCCAAUUACCACAGACAUUGAUAGAGCAAAUCCCAAAGAAAUAGUACAAAUGCUGCAAAAAUGUGAUGCAGAACUCUUUGAAAGAACAUCACAUGGAAAUCCUAUGUAUCAGACAUUGAACAGCUCAUCUGUGAUACAGACAAUAGUGGACGUGUCCAAGAGGGUUGAAGUGAUCCUUAAGACAUCCCUUAAUCGGUGGCUUGCUUCUCAUCAUCAAAAGCAAAUCUAUUGGUACAUCAUUGCUGGAGGUGACAAGUCCCUGCUGACAUCACAAGAAACUGUAGAGGAUGAUCCCUUGCUGGGAGCUCUUACACUGGAGAAGGCUUGUGCGGGAAAGAAGCACGUUCUCUUCUUUGGAAUAUCCUGUGGUUUGUCUGCACCAUUUGUUGCUGGCCAACUUGACUUUUGUCUCAGGAAUCUGGAGAGCUUUACUCCAGUGCUGAUUGGAUUUAACCCUGUUGACAUGGCACGGACUGAACCAAUUCAGAACUGUACAUUUCACUUCAAGGAGGUUGCAGAGAGAAUGAAUGAAAUGCAGAAACAGCAAAAGGCCUACGUGCUCAAUCCAACAGUAGGGCCAGAAGCAAUCAGUGGAUCUUCAAGAAUGAAAGGAGGAAGUGCCACAAAAAUCAUUUUAGAAACUAUCCUUUUGGCAGGCCACGAAGCUGCAUGCAAUAAGAAAGCAGUAACUCUCAAUGGUAUACUGAGCCAACUCAGUACGUUUGAGAAAGUUCAUCAACUCACUUACUCACAGACUAAUGAACUGGCAGCCCUGGUUCAAAAAGCAGCAAUAAGCCUCCAAAGGAAAGGACAUGUGUAUUACCUUGGAUGGCAGACUCUUGGCAUUAUCGGGAUUAUUGAUGCUUGUGAAUGCAUUCCGACAUUUGGAGCAGGCUUUGAUGAUAUCAGAGGCUUUGUUAGCAAUGGCUUCAGUGAAAUGAACAACAAAGAGGGAGAUCUAUCAUCUCUAGGACCACAUUUCAUUAUUGACCACAAGGAUUUUGUGGACACCAUUUUACCCAAUCUUAGUGACGAUGAUACAGUGAUAUUUCUCUAUAGCGAAAAUGAUGACAUGAAUGAGGUUUCAUUAUUGGCCAAGAGUGUGAGACAGCGCAUAUCAAACCUUCAUGCAAUUGCCCAUGAGCUUAAGGGACUCAGUGAUCCUGAAAUAAUGAAAAACCAGUUUAUGACAGUCUUGACAAUUAAGUGGCCCUCAUCAUUGUAUAAGGACAACCCUGUCCUAAUGAAACAGUACUGGGAGCUUUCCACUAAGUGGUGCCUCAAUGCGAUCAGCACAGGGGCUCAUGUGAUUAUUGGAAAAGUGUACAUGAAUUUCAUGAUAGACCUCAGAGUAACUAACACAAAACUCUACAGAAGAGCCAUUCACAUACUACAGAGGUUGACGGGCAGCACCCGGGAACAGUGUGAGACAGCUCUGUUAAGAGCUCUCUAUGACGUAGAAGAGCUGAGUGACGAGAUGAGCUCCACUGAUGUCAUACGACACACACUGGUGGCUAAUGAAAGGGGCAGUGUUGUUCCCCUUGCAUUGGUGAUGCUACAGUCUAGAUGCACCAUCGCUGAGGCCAAGUCCUACACUGAUGCUUAUUCUGUGAUUCGGGAUGCAGUGGCUGCCUGCCAGAGGUUGCUUUAAUAUAGGAGCACUUAAGACUGCAGCAACCUGCUUCUCAAUUCCCAACUGGUUCCUAAAGGGAUUUAUUGAUAUUUCAACUUUGUUAAGUGAGAUUACAUGCUAUGUGGUGACAUUAAAAUCGAGUUUAAUACUAAAAAGAAAAUUACAUCCAUUGAAAAACUAACCUUAUUGACCAUUUCGAAGAGGAAUGCCAUCCUGGUUGUUUCUUUUCUCUUAAUGUAUAGGACAUACAACAGGAAUCAACAACACCAAUUUGUUCCUUUUACCAUUUAUUUCCUGAUAUUGAUUUGUUUAAUCUCUCUUUGCUGAUUCACAAAAUAUGUUGGCUGUAUCUAGCUGUGUCUAGCACUGUGACCUUGACUAUGAAAAUCAAUAAAGAAACAUCCAUCCAUUAUCUGUAGCCAGUUAUCCUGUUCUACAGGGUCGCAGGCAAGCUGGAGCCUAUCCCAGCUGACUACGGGCGAAAGGCGGGGUACACCCUGGACAAGUCGCCAGAUCAUCACAGGGCUGACACAUAGACACAGACAACCAUUCACACUCACAUUCACACCUACGGUCAAUUUAGAGCCACCAAUUAGCCUAACCUGCAUGUCUUUGGACUGUGGGGGAAACCGGAGCACCCGGAGGAAACCCACGCGGACACAGGGAGAACAUGCAAACUCUACACGGAAAGGCCCUCGCCGGCCGCUGGACUCAAACCCAGGACUUUCUUGGUGUGAGGCGACAGUGCUAACCACUACACCACCGUGCCGCCCCCAAUAAAGAAACAAUUACAAAGAAAAGAAAAGACCUAGACAAACAAAUGAGCAUGUUCAUUAAGUAGUAAAAAAUAAAUAGUAAAUUAUGGAAUAAUUGUGACAUUUGUGUUUUGUAUAAUUAAUUGAUUCAUUUAAAAGCUAUUAAAUAUAAUUGUCAAUGGAAAA